UAUGGUCACACUGACCAAUACCUUAAACCUAUCACUAAGAAAAUAGUAAACAAACCGCAAGCAUGAAUCCGUUAACAAAUAUGCGAAAUGUGUUAAAACUUAGCGAACAUGAGCUACAAAAUCCAAAUGGCAAGAGCUGGCACGACAUGUACCGCGGCUCAGCGUGGAUAUUUAUUGCCGGCUUUCCCUACACUCUCUCCGAGGGCGACAUCAUAUGCGUCUUCUCGCAAUACGGCGAAAUUGUCAACAUUAAUUUGGUGCGCGACAGCAAAACGGGAAAAUCAAAAGGAUUCUGUUUUUUGUGUUACGAGGAUCAACGAUCAACAGUGCUGGCCGUGGAUAACUUGAAUGGGAUUAAAAUAUUGGAUAGAUCAUUGCGUGUUGACCAUGUGGCGGAUUACAAGCCGCCUAAGGACAACGAGAAAUUAGACGAAGAGACGUUGCGGCUCUACAUGGAAGGGUGUGCUCCAAAGCCCAUUAAUCAGAGUUCUAGCACUGUUGAUGUUAACAUUAAGAAGGAAAAGAAGGAUAAGCACAAGAGAUCCAAGGAAAAAAAAUCAAAGAAACGACGUGAGAGUUCAGAUUAGUAAAUUAUAAAUAAUGUUUAAUACAUAAGUGAAAUAAAAAAAGUAGAUUCGCAAAGAUUUCACUGGACUUGUUAUGUUUUAAUCGCUGUCGCUGAAUAUAUCUCUGGCAUCAGCAAA